UUAGCUGAUACAAAAAAAAGUAUUCUGUGUAGCUAUAGAGGUGUUUAGCCGGAUCAGGAUAGUGGAUUGUGCCUGUGGGGAUUGUUUAUACAUUUCCUGAAGGAAUCGAAAAAGUUGAGCCCCACAAGUUACAUUGAAAAUGGGCUCAUCGAGGCGUCGGGAUAGAGAUAGGUCCCGGUCACGAGAGAGGGAUCGGGACCGAGACCGAGACAGAAGGGAUAGAAGACGUAGUAGAUCGCGAGACAAACAUCGAGAUCGUGAUAGGGAUCGUCGUAGGGAUAGAGGAAGCCGAAGUAGAAGUCGCGAUCGUGAUCGUGAUAGGGAUAGAACUGAUAGAAGGCAUGAGAGACAUAAGUCCCCUACGCCAGAACCUGAUGGUGAUAAGAUGAUUGCUGACACUCUAGCUACUUUAGCGGCAACUAGGAAUUUUGCUAGCUUGCUCAAAGAAGGUGAUGGUAGUUCAAACCACUCUACAGGAAGUGAUGAUGAUAAGAAGCGAAAAAAGAGAUCUAGAUGGGGAGGCAGUGAACAUGAGAAGAUUUUCAUUCCAGGAAUGCCAACAAUUUUGCCACAAAAUCUGAAUAAGGAUCAGGAGAAAGCAUAUCUACUUCAGCUACAGAUCGAAGAAGUGAGUCGGAAGCUGCGUUCAGGCGAUCUCGGGAUUCCAGCCAAUCCAGAAGAAAGGUCCCCCUCUCCAGAACCGAUUUAUAGCAGUGACGGUAAAAGGCUUAACACCAGGGAGUUUCGCACUAGAAAGAAAUUGGAAGAGGACAGACAUGCUCUUGUUCUCAGCAUGCAGGAUAUCAACCCCGAGUUUAAACCGCCUAUGGACUACAAACCUCCAGUCACUAGGGUUAGUGACAAGGUGAUGAUUCCACAAGAAGAACAUCCGGAAAUCAAUUUUGUUGGACUGUUGAUUGGCCCAAGAGGAAACACGCUCAAGACAAUGGAGAAAGAGACAGGUGCGAAGAUCAUCAUUCGUGGUAAGGGCUCAGUGAAGGAGGGCAAAGUCGGCAGGAAAGAUGGACAACCUUUGCCUGGCGAAGAUGAACCUCUGCAUGCAUACAUCACUGCAACCAAUCCUGAAUGUGUAAAAAAGGCCGUUGAACGCAUCAAAGAAGUUAUAAGACAGGGUGUGGAAGUGCCUGAGAAUCAAAACGAUCUGAGGAGGAUGCAGCUAAGGGAAUUGGCUCAAUUGAAUGGUACUUUGAGGGAGAAUGAUGGAUUGAGGUGUAACAAUUGUGGAGCUACAGAUCACAAAUCAUGGCUGUGCCCCGACAAGCCGAACGUCACCAACAGCAUAGUGUGCUCGAGCUGCGGCGCCGCCGGCCACAUCGCGCGCGACUGCCGCUCGAAGCGGCCCGGCCUGGGCGGGCCGCCGCCCCCUCUCGGCGACAGGGCCAAGAUCGACGAGGAGUACCUGUCGCUGAUGGCGGAGCUGGGGGAGGGACCGCCGCCCGGCUGCCCGGGAGAGCGGCAGGGCAACGGGGGCCACCCGAGGAAGGCGACAGGUUUCAACAUCUUCGACGGCCAAAUGGCGCCGAGGCCGCUGAUGGCGCCCCCGAUGGCCGGCCCCCCGAUGCCGCUGAUGGGCAUGCCGACCCUCCCUUGGGCGGCCGGUCCGCCUUCGAUGCCCUGGCCGCCCGCACCGCCCGGGCUGAUGCCGCCUCCGCCGCCGCCGGGCGCCUCCAGUCCGCCCCAGGUGAUGCCGCCACCGUGGGCAAACCAGCCGCCCCCGCCUGGCGCCUCGGCAUCUACACCGCCAGCGCCGUGGGGCGGAAUGCCGCCUUUUCCAUGGCCGCCCGGCAACUGUCCGCCGCCUCCGCCGCCUGGGAUCGACGUCAGCAGUCUGUUGACGUCGCCGCCUCCGCCCCCGCCCAGUUCUUAG